AUGGCACAAGAAGACCAAUCAUUAAACCAACAAUCACAACCAACUCAAGUUGAGAACCAAACAUACAAUCAAAAUGCUUACCCAGCAUACAAUCAAAACGCUGCUUAUCCACCAGGAUAUAUGCCACAACAAGCUUAUUAUCAAGGAUACCAACAACCAGCUCAACCAUAUUACGGAGGUGCUGUUCUUCAACAACCAACUACAGUUGUUGAUGGUGUUUCCCAAUCAUAUGGAUCUCGCAACUCGACUGCCAAAGGACUUGGUAUUGCCUCGAUUGUUUUAUUCUUCUUGGGUAUCAUUGCAACCAUCAUCGCCGUAGCUGUUAUUCUUAGUAUUGCCGCAGAGACUGCAAACGAGAUCAAUAACAACACCUACAAUUACAACUAA